GGUAAAUGACUGCAGCAGGAAAAUACAGUGUCGAAGCGCACGGAGCUGGCACUGCUGUGUGUGUAUGUGUGUGUGAGUGCGUGUCGGUGCGCGCCAGGCAGUGGUCACCUCUUCUGCCAUGGAAGAGGGUCCACAUCGGUCGGACACACGGGGCUGCAUCUUGUUAUAAAACUCUGCUCAACAGCGGGACUCUGCGCUUUUGUUGGGAUUUAACGCGCCCGGUGCGCGGGUGGGAGCGGAUGCGGAGCACAGCAGCGGUCGCCGGCGCGUCUCCAACUUGACCACCACCAGACAAUGGGAGCAGCUGAGCCGAGCUGCUGCAGCGCCAAGUACUACUACAACUGCUCGCCCCUGGGAGAUAAGUACGAGGAGAAGAGGGAGAACCAGCAGCGAGAGGAGGGGGUAAAGAAGGAGAGGGAGAAGAGGAGGCAGACGUGUUGUACCUGCAGCAGCAGCAGCGCCGGGACUCCCACAGCAGCCGAUACGCACAGAUCCAGAACGACGCUCCGGCUGCCCCAGGGAUCCAUGUGAGACAGAGCCUGCAGAUGUGAGAGAAAGCUCUCCUCUGUGUGCGGAUUUUGGGAAUAUAAUACAUUCAUAUUUGUUUCAGCGCUCCAGGGACAAGCGGACGCCGGUUUCUGCAGUCAAACAGCAACUGAAGGAAUAUGUCUCAUUUCUCUGUUAACUGCGGCGGAGCGCACAGACCGGACCUUAGAGUCAUUGCGUGUAUUUGUGUCAAGUAUUAGCAGCCUGCCAGCGGCUGCUGUCCUCUGAAACCAGUGACCCCCCCUCCCUUCCCUUCUUUCCCAUCUUUGUCCCCGGUUGUUCCCCCUUGAACCAAAACCUGGACGAGCUUUCUCCUUACGGUCCCUCCGGCUGCCUCUGUCCGAGGUCCUGAACACAUUUUCGGGCUGGAUUCAGUGGAUAUUCUGUUGCGGCGGCGCUGGAGGAGUGAGAGCGGACACAGGCAUGAUUUCAUGGAGAGUGAAGUGAUGGCCAUCCCGCGGCUCGGCACUGGAGAACACGGGAUCUGAAACGGACACGCAUCCAUAGAGAAGCAGGACAUUCCGGGCUCACCUUGGAGGUCAUAAACCAUCACCCAAGCCCCCCCCUGUCCCCGCCACCAGACCUCCUUCUCAGUCUUUUCUGAAGAGUGUCCAACACCUUCACAACCCCCCUCCAAAUAAAAUGAGACUGGCAAAAAUGUGCCGAGUGAACGCGCUGGGGAUCUAUUUGUGGGAAACGGUUUUAUUUUUCAGCUUAGCAGCAUCAAAAGAAGCUGCGGCGAGGAAAGCUGCCUCCCCGAUGCCACCAUCAGAGUUUCUGGACAAACUCAUGGGGAAAGUCUCGGGGUACGACGCCAGAAUUCGACCGAAUUUUAAAGUGUACAACAAAGACCCCAAAGGCUCGAAAAAUGAAGCUACUCACAAGAAAGGACCCCCUGUCAACGUAACCUGCAACAUUUUUAUCAACAGUUUUGGCUCCAUUGCUGAAACAACAAUGGACUACAGAGUGAACAUUUUCCUGAGGCAGCAGUGGAACGACCCCAGGCUGGCUUACAGCGAGUAUCCCGACGACUCGCUGGAUCUCGACCCCUCCAUGUUGGACUCCAUCUGGAAACCUGACUUGUUCUUCGCCAAUGAGAAGGGGGCCAACUUUCACGAGGUCACUACAGACAACAAACUCCUACGCAUCUCUAAAAACGGCAACGUGCUCUACAGCAUACGAAUAACUCUGGUCCUUGCCUGUCCGAUGGAUCUGAAGAACUUUCCCAUGGACGUCCAGACCUGCAUCAUGCAGCUAGAGAGCUUCGGCUACACUAUGAAUGACCUGAUCUUCGAGUGGGACGAGAAGGGAGCCGUGCAGGUGGCCGACGGUCUGACGUUACCUCAGUUUAUACUCAAAGAGGAGAAAGAUCUGCGCUACUGCACCAAGCACUACAACACAGGUAAAUUCACCUGCAUCGAGGCUCGUUUCCACCUGGAGCGUCAGAUGGGUUAUUACCUGAUCCAGAUGUACAUCCCAUCGCUGCUCAUCGUCAUCCUGUCCUGGGUCUCCUUCUGGAUCAACAUGGACGCAGCGCCUGCCCGCGUUGGUCUGGGAAUCACCACGGUGCUGACCAUGACCACGCAGAGCUCAGGCUCCAGAGCCUCUCUGCCCAAGGUGUCCUAUGUGAAAGCCAUUGAUAUCUGGAUGGCCGUCUGUCUGCUGUUUGUCUUUUCGGCCUUGUUGGAAUACGCCGCCGUGAACUUUAUCGCCCGCCAGCACAAGGAGCUGCUGCGCUUCAGACGGAGACGACGACACAUGAAGCCUGAGUCUUGGCCUGUGUUGCAGGAGGAGGACCCGGGCGACGGGCGCUUCAGCUUCCCCGGGUACGGCAUGGGUCCUGCCUGCCUGCAGGCCAAGGAUGGCAUGGCCAUCAAGGGCAACAACAACAACGCCCCGACCUCGGCGCCGCCCGAGAAGAGCAUUGAGGAGAUGAAGAAGCUGUUCAUCGGCCGGGCCAAGCGCAUUGACACAGUGUCCCGCGUGGCCUUCCCGCUCGUCUUCCUCAUUUUUAACAUUUUCUACUGGAUCACUUACAAGAUCAUCCGCAGCGAGGACAUCCAUAAGCAGUAGCCGAACAGAGGAAAUGGGCGACAGUGACGUGAAGCAAAGAAAGCAGCAAAACAAAUUAAAAAUAUGAGACAAAGAUGACUCCGAAGCAGAUAUUAUUGCCCCUCUUUUCCAGCCACACCUCUUGUCCUCUUCUUUCACCCUCUUUCUCUUUGGUCAAAGAUUUGCUGCUUUUUGUGGCCCCUCCUUUGAGCCCCAUUUGACCAAACCGUUUGAAGCUUUUUAUUGCUUUUUCCUACCUUUCUUGCCCUCCUCCUGAAUCCCAGACCCUUUUUCCCGUCUCUUUAAAACCCCUUAACAGUCCGGACCAGUGCAAUAGCAAUGCAGUAAAAUGCAUGAUAUAUGAAUGUGGCAAUAUACUGAAGACAAAACGUGAAAAAAAUAAACCUAAACUUUCCAAGACACACCCAGGAAACCGUUUGGGAGUGAACGGACUGGAACAAAAGGAGGAAAAAAGAUCUUGUAUUUAAUUUUAGCUUUUUUGUGAAGACAGAAAUAUAAUUCUAUACGGAAAUAUGACGUAGGGAUGGAUGGGGUGGGAAAGGUGCAAGAGGCAUACAGCAGUGUAAUAUACUUAUUUAUCAUAAUUGGAAGAUAUAUGGACCAUGUCUCCAAGGGUGGACAUCUGGAACAAAGGAUGUUUAACCCCAAAAAAAGAAAAGAAAGAUGGCGGUUCAGUGCUUCCACUAAAUGAAUUGAUGCAAGGAUCAUGCAUUCUAUAUAUCUAGAUUUGCUUCAAACAUGUAUUGCAAGCACUUGUCAGAGCUUUCCCUCCCUCCUGCUGCCAACGCCACAAAAACUGCAGAGACACUUGAAGUUUGUCGCUGCUGCUGGACUAAGAAAAUAAAAUGAAUACAAAACACACAAAAAAAAAUAACGGACACCCAGAGCUGAUUAAUACCUGUGAUCAACAUCUAUCAGUUCUUAAUUACUUUCACUCUGCAUUGUUGUGGUUUUUCUUGUUUCGUUGUUGUUUUCUUUUCUUUCUUUCUUUCUUUCUUUUUUUACUAUAAAUACUAAUUAAUAUAUGUGCCAACUAAACUUGUCACUUGUGGCUGUGUGACGCUCGUCAUCUCUGACUUGUUCAUCUGGAGGGAGGGCGAGCAGUUUGAUGUCUUUUGUUUUGAUCACUGAGAUUUCAGUUCGACGCCAUUAGCCGAAGAAAGACCAGCUCGAUCCUUGACCGGAGUAAAAAAACGCAGAUUCUGAUUCAUUUUCCUUUGCUGUUAUUGGUUGGGACUGGAACAUUCACAUUGUUUACAUCUUUGUGCUUCCUUGCUUCAACCCUGCCUCAAUGUGACGCCAACAUCCCCCACGCAUCCUGAUCCUGAGCAAGAGGACAAACGUCUUAAAUCAUACGUAAAACAUCGAACUUUACGAGCAUCUCAUCCACAUGGACCAACUGUAGCUGUGAACUUCAUGGAACUGCAUCGUCACACACAGACUGCAACACCUGGAUUUAUUUCACCACACUGGAUGGGAUUUGAUCAGUCAGGCUGGUUGAUGUGAUCGAUUGAUAAUUUUGCUUUGCACCAGGCUUCUCUAUGCAAUGGUCAGUAUAUGCAAUUUUAAUUUUUUACUUCUUCACUGCUCUUCCAUCUCAAGUGGUUACACUUUAACGAUUAGAGGUGAGAAUGCCAAGGUAUUGACCUCUUUAAGGCACUUUUGGCCCAAAAGCAUGCAGAUGCCUGCAUGAAAAACUGGUCUGUAAAAAGAAAUAGACUGAGCCAAAUCUGACUAGAUAUUAAGAUUUAAUGCACAAAAGAUUAUUACGUCUGCAUAUUUUACGCAGAGUAUCCCUAAGUGCUUUUAUGCUUUGAAAAUGUUUAAAAAUGCUACAUUUCUGGGAAAUUACCAGUUUUUUUAGCAAAGAAAAAUCUAAAAAUUUACCUGAGAGAUGUAGUUACUGUUGUAACAUUAUUUAUGAAAGAGAUUUAUUUAUCCUAAUGACAUAAAAUGUCUUUUAGCACCUAGAAAAACAAAAAAAAUGGCUCAAAUAUGUAUGAAUUGAGGAAAAUCACUGGCUUAGCAUCAUUAGCCAGGAACCAUAUUGUGUCUAGUUUUGUUGCCAGGUUUUACUCAUGAAAAGUAAGACCGAUCACUCAUUGUUAUCAUGCUCUAAGAUUGAUACAUUGACACACAUACAUUAUAUUUUCAGAUACUUAUUUUCUGUAUGGAACUGAAAAAAACAUGGUGCCCUGGGAAUAUUAGAGCCUUUUGUAAUGUUCCUGUUAUGUGCCAUAUACAUUUGAAGAAUAUAAGGUUCACUUCAUGCUACAUUAUAUAUUUAUAGCUUAUGCAGUUUUUACUUGUAGAACACAUUUUCUGAAUAUCCUAAAAUAGAUCUGAUGGUACAGGUUAUCUGUCAUAUCCAAAAUCUGUUUUAUCCCAUCAUGAAUAUAUCCCAGGCUUUGUGAAUGAAGGUAUGCAAACUGAUCUGAAGGGCUAUGCCACCCAUUGACUCCUUCAUUCUGAUUCUAGAUUUUAAAAUAAACAGUGCCAUAAAAAACACACAUCACCCAAAAAUACUAUGCAUUUCAUCCAAAUUACAUUUUUCUAAAAUGCCUGAACCUCUCUGAGUCUUGGUUAAUGUUUGGUUAAAGGUCGUCCAUGUUUCAUUGAUAACUGAAAGGCCAGGCUGCAGGGACAAGACAUUAAGCAGAGACACCCAGACCCGUCUCUUCCCAGCGUCUCAACUCUGGGGGGACGCUCAGAGUCGAGAAAAUCCUUCGCCAACCCAAACCCUAAUUCCAGCUGACACCAAAACCGUCUUGAUUAGUUUUAAUGCUGAGAAGUAAUUAGCUUUCAGGUUGGCUCCUCAAUGAAAGCCAAAAACACUUAUGAUUCGGGUCUGACCUACGUAGAUAUGACAUAGGUACAUAGAAAAAAAAACGUUAUUUGUCAGGUGGCACAUUUUCUACUGCUUAUUGUGAUAAACAGUCAACAGAGACUGGAGAUUUGCUGGAGAUUGUAAGAAAAUAUGGCUGUACAAGCUGGCUGUGUUGAACUGAGAUCCUUUAAAACAUUAUGAAACCUCUGUGCCAAAUAAUGAGCUUUAACUGCUUCUUGACACAAUUUGUUUACAACUAAAAUAAGAGUGCAGUGGGGUUGUUGCUAACUAAAUAAUUUUGAAGCUUUUAAUAAAACAGUCCAUCUGAAACCAAAAAUAAUGCAUCAAUAUUGCUUAAUUUCUGCAAUUUAUGAUUUCAGAAAAUUUAGUAGCAAAGAAAAGUACACACACUUUGUAAGCAUUUGAGCUACGUUUGAAAUCACCAGAGGUUUUUAAGGCCUUUUGGUAAAAGCAGUAAGAUUCAAAGGAAGACCUGGUUUAAGUCAAGAACUUUGCAACAGUCCUUCCUUUUGACCAAACGUGAUGAUGACGGUGAUGAUGGUUUGACAACAUCAAGUUUCCAACAAUCCAAACUUCCUCCGCAGUCACAGUAGAGAUGUUUUAUUCAGGCUCAAAAUUCACAUCAAACCUCAACAACCAGAAUUUGUCACUAAUAAACUGAAAUGCUUAAUGAGUGAGGGGAAACAGUAAAUGUCAAAUAAAUCCUGGAAGGUUCAUUUUAAUAUUAUAAAGUCCCAAAACAUUUUUUUUUUCAACAUGUAGCCUAUUUGCAAAUAAGUUUAAAAACAUAUUGUGGGAUUUUCAGAGAAUCAUGAAAUGAUUUAUGUCUAGUCAAAGUGGCAGCUUCUGUAAGAUAAACAGUUUAGCUUUAACAUAAUAUAAAAAAUAUUAAUUCAUUAUUCAAAAGGUUGAUUCUCGGGCUAAUCUGGAACUAUGGAACUGAAUUCUUUAUCUCUCCGUGUAUUAAUGCCUUUCUGAAUAAAACUGAAACCAGAAUAAGAAACCUGAGAAACGAGCUCCGUCUCAUUAGAAACUAAUUUUUUUCUUCUGUGCCAUAAACACUCCAACUUGAAGCACUUGUGUUCAUGAGCCAGCAUCCGUUUUCCUGGAGCACACACACACACACACACACACACACACACACCCACACACACACACACACACACACACACAUCUUCUCGUGCCAUAUCGGGGUUGAAUAUGCAACCAAAAAACAAUACAAAGAAAAUGAACCUACAAGCAUAUCAUGAAUUUUUCAUUCACUUUACAUCAUUCAUGAGCCUUUCCUCUAGCAUCGCUCCUCUGUGUAUCAUAACUUCUUCAUCAUCAGCCUCAUAUUAUCGUAUUAGUCAUUGAUUAUAAUGUAAUGGUUGGAGUUGCAAAUGGUAUAAUAUGUAAAAAAAAAUAAAAAUAUUGGGUUUAUAUUGCAUCAUAUUGGAAAAGAAUAAGAAAGAUAAGUUUAUCAAGAAGGAUAAGUUAAUUAAACUUUCAUUUCUAGGCCGGAUUUUAAAGAAGCACGGUUUAAUAUUUUGAUGGUUAUUGAUUUCGAGGGGUUUUUUUUUUGCUUGUGUUUUAGUGUAUGUAUUAUACAAUCUGACGCCCAGAGGGAAAAGGAAAAAUACAGUGAAACCUGAAUUGCUGUGAAUUAAUGGAAUUACUAUUAUUCAUUUAUUGAUCUUCUUUGCAAAAGUUGGAAUGGCCUUAAUUUUGCUUUACUGCUUCUAUUGUGUCUGGCACAAAGUGCAGCUCUUUUUAAUUUGCUAAAUUUCUGAUGCUAAUUAUGGCGCUUAUAUAAGCUGAGAGUGCACAUCGAAGCAAGGUGAAAAAGUUCUGCGAAUUCUGUUUAUUUUUCAUUAAUCUGAGAAACUAUAUUUUGCAUGAAUAUAAAUAAAAAUGGCAGAUAUUUUGGCUUGUACAAAAAAUGUGAAGCAAUUUGAAGAUGAAAAAAAGAAUGUACUGUUUCUGCUGUAUCUGUAUAUAUCUGAAUAUUUAUU